UUAAAAUAAUUUCUUCCUCCUCCUCCAUGAAUAAAAACAAUCUCACAUUCUUUCCUCUUUCGGUAUCUGGCCAAUGCGUUUCAAUGCGUUUCAGAAAUACACGCAAACGCUUUUAAUAUUGAAAUGAACCUUUUUUUUAAUGGUGAUGAUUGAAUAGUUACUGCAGUCUGCCAUUUCUGGUUGCCAAAUUUAUUGAGAGUUACCAGUGGGCCUCCAAAUUUAUUCAACGUGUAAACACCUGUUGUUGAACCACAUCUCUUAGGAGCAUCAAUAUUUUAAAUAGUAUAUUAUAUUUUGGCAGUGAUCAGAAUUGGGGAUGGAUAUAGUAAGGAGAGCCAGUCAUGCAGGAACAUGGUAUACAGCCAAUGCAAACAAGCUAGGAGAGGAGCUGGACACAUGGUUAAGAACUUGUGGCCAGUUUAGAUCACCUGAUGUACGAGGAGUAGUUGCUCCGCAUGCUGGAUACAGAUACUCAGGUCGCUGUGCAGCAUUUGCUUUUACACAUAUUGAUCCACAACAAACGUCUCGUGUGUUUCUUCUUGGCCCCUCACAUCGUUACCGCACUCAGAAAUGUGCCCUUUCAAGUGCCACAAUAUACAAGACACCCCUUGGUGAUUUGCACAUUGAUUUGGAAGUUUAUAAAGAGCUGGAAGCAACUGGUGAAUUCCAAGUCAUGGACAUGCAAGUAGAUGAAGCAGAACAUAGCAUGGAGAUGCAUUUACCAUACCUUGCAAAAGUGUUUCAUGGACACCCAGUAAAGAUCAUUCCCAUUCUUGUUGGUUCUAUCAGUUCAGAGAGUGAAGCCAUCUAUGGACGCUUGCUUGCAAAGUAUGCCGAUGAUCCAACAAAUUUCUUUUCCAUCUCAUCAGACUUCUGUCAUUGGGGACAACGAUUCAAGUUUUUGUACCAUGACGAGAAGGAAGGUGCUAUUUAUAAAUCUAUCGAGGCCCUCGACAGGAAAGGAAUGGAUCUUAUAGCAUCAGGAGAUCCCAUUGCCUUUAAAGACUACUUGUCUCAGUAUGGAAAUACUAUUUGCGGUCGGCAUGCCAUCAGUGUGUUUCUCCAUGUGUUGCAGAACUGUUCAACAAAGAUGAAAGUUAAAUUUGUCCAAUAUGAGCAAUCAAGACAAUGCAAAACAAUGCAUGAUAGCAGUGUAAGUUACGCUUCUGCAGUGGCCAGAGUAGAGACCUAAGGUGGAACUGGAUUUCACCCACCAGUACCAUGUUAUUUUUACCCAUAAAUGUCGUACUUAUUAUCAACCCGCCGAAUAAAGUUCUUCAACAUUGUGAAUUUAUAUGAUAUCAUUUUGUUGCCA